UUUUGUUUACGUUGUGUAUUAUAAUAUUAUCAGUGCGUUUUGCUAUGGAAAAAACCAAGAAAAAGCCGGUAAUGGGCAGGAUAAGUGAUGUCAUGAAAAAACUUCGACAAGCAAGCCACGAGACAGGUGAAGACUGCCAUUGCAAAAGGCAUCGAUGUCUUUGUAUAAUAAAUGAAGCUGAAAGAAAGGUAAUAAUUCAACAAUUUAAUUUAUUAAAUUACAAUGAGCAAAACGCGUACCUUGCUGGACUUAUAAGUGUAGGACCAGUUGCAACAAGAAGACCUAGAGUUCAUGAAAAUGUUGCUAGGUUUAACGAUGCAACUUACCGUUAUAAAGUAAGGGUUAACCGAGCUACAUUAAAUUUAUCUGAGGAUGUUGACGUAUGUUAUAAGGCAAUUCUGUCUAUGCAUGGGAUAGGAAAGAAAAGACUAGAAAAUAUUCAAAAGUCUUUGAAGAUGAAGGGCGUUGCACCCCGUGACAAACGGGGAACUAAUGUUAAGAAAUAUUCAAAAUCAGAAAAGACAAUUCACGCAGUGGUCACCCAUAUUAACUCAUUUAAAUCUCGACCAAGUCAUUACAGUAUCAAAAAGACAAGCAAAAAGUAUUUACCAGAAGAGCUAAACGUUAAGAAAAUGUACGGUUUGUACAAGGAGCAAAACAAUCCGCCCGUUUCGUACGAAUUUUACAGAAAGAUAUUUAAUACAAGAUUUAAUUUAUCUUUUAGAUAUCCACGUUCGGACACGUGCAGUGAAUGUGAUCAAUUUUUGGCUAACAUAAAAGUUCUGGAGAUGAAAUUAAAGACAGAAAAUGGGAAUGAAGAAGAAAAGAAAAGAACAGAAGCUGAAAUACAAAAGUUAGGAGUUCUGAACAGAGUGCACAAAGCAAAAGCUGAGAAAUUUUACGAGAAAAAACGAGUAUUCAUGCAAUAUGCAUCCACAAAGGAUGACACAGAAGCUAUUGCUAUGGAUUUUCAAAAGAAUCUGAGCCUACCCAACGUGACGACAAACGAUGUUUAUUAUAAACGUCAACUAACGUUUAUUUCAUUUAACAUUCAUGAAUUGGCCUGCAAUAAUGCCAUUUUUUACACAUAUAAUGAAACAAUUGGAAAGGGAGCAAAUGAAGUUGUUUCCAUGCUCAAUCACUACAUUUUUUACGAAACUUAAGCCUAGUGUACUUCAUCUGAACAUAUUCUGCGAUUCCUGUGCGGGACAAAAUAAAAAUUUUACGGUGUUUAGAUACCUUCAUUACGUCGUACAUGUCGCCAAAAGGCUUUCUUCGGUCACAGUUAUUUUUCCUGUCAGAGGACACUCAUAUCUUGAGUGUGAUAGAGACAUGAGCUUUGUUAACCAAAAAGUUAGGGCAGAACUACCACGUGACUGGGUAACCGAAUUGAAAACUUGUAGACAAAAACCCACUCGAUUUGUUGUACACGAUGUUGAUCAAUCAAUGCUAAGAAAUUGGUCAGGGUAUUUAGAUGAAAUUUAUAAAAAAAAAUCCCCGUUUGCUUCAAGAUCAAUAAGGGAACUUAGGAUCACUCUGGAUCAUCCUUGUCUAAUUGAACACCGAUCUUCUUAUAGUGGACACUGGACAUCUUUCGUUAUCCAAAACCAGAUAGAGCCUGGAAACUCUGCGAAGGACUUUCUACCUAUAGGACAGUUUUUCUUACCAACAGGACUGUAUAAUGCUCCUUUGCCGAUCAGCGAAGAAAAAUUUAAAGACCUAAUGCACCUAAAACGAUUUUGUGGACCUGAAGCUCAAGAGUUCUUUGAAAACCUACCGCAUGGAGAAACAAAGAUGAAAAAGAAGCAAUAAUUCUAAAAAAUCCAAUGUAUCAACAUGCAAUAUACAUAAAAAUUAAUGUAAAUA